AUGAAUCAUCAUAAUAUUGGUUCUUCUUCACUACUUUCUCAUUCAAGUUCAAGCUCAUCUGAUGAUGAGCUUGAACAAUUAAUCAACGAGUGUGAUGUUGAACAUCAAUUGAUGGGUCAACAUAUUUUGAAUAACAAUCUUAUUGUAGCUCAACUGGCUGAAUAUAAAAAUGCUACAAAAAUUCAUGGAGGUUCAGUUCUUGGUCACAAGGUAAUCCAUCGUGACCGAGAAGCAGCAGCUCAUCGUCUCUUCAACGACUAUUUUUCUGAAAAUCCAACAUUCAACGAAGGAAUGUUUCGUAGACUCUUUCGAAUGUCUCGAAGUCUAUUCCUCCGUAUUGUUGAUGCUGUCAAAAAUCAUAAUGGUUUUUUCGAGCAACGCAUGGAUUGCACAGGAAGAUGGGGCUUGUCCACACUGCAAAAAAUAACAGCUGCCUUUCGAAUAUUGGCAUACGGGGUACCAGCAGAUGCUACUGACGAGUACAUAAAUAUUGGUGAGUCCACUGCAAUUAAAUGUGUCAAGAAAUUCUGUCGUGCAAUUGUGGAAAUAUUUUCUGAUCAAUAUCUAAGAUCUCCUAAUGCUAGUGAUGUUGCUAGACUACUUUAUAUUGGUAAACAACGUGGAUUUCCAGGAAUGUUAGGUAGUCUUGAUUGUAUGCAUUGGAAGUGGAAAAAUUGUCCAACAGGUUGGGCAAGCUCAUAUGCCGGUCGUAGUGGCUCUCCAACAAUUAUUCUUGAAAUAGUUGCUGAUUAUGACCUUUGGAUAUGGCAUGCAUUCUUUGGUAUGCCAGGAUCCAAUAAUGAUAUUAAUGUGUUGGAAAGAUCUCAUCUUUUCAGUGACCUUGCUAGAGGUAUCACUCCACCCGCACAUUAUGUCAUACAAGGAAAAGAGUAUAAUGUGGGCUAUUAUUUAGCAGAUGGUAUAUAUCUCAAGUGGUCCACACUUGUACAAACUUUUUAUGAGCCACGCUCUGUGAAAAAAAAGUUUUUUGCAAUGAGACAUGAAUCGUGUAGGAAAGAUGUGGAGCGUGCAUUCGGAGUUCUUCAAAGUCGAUUUGCAAUUGUUGCAAAUCCAGCUCGCUACUGGCAAAAGAAACAUUUGGAUAAUAUAAUGAAAGCGUGUAUUAUUAUGCACAAUAUGAUUGUUGAGGAUGAACGUGACCUGUCUGCACCAAUUGAAAUUGCAAGAGAAGUGCCAAUUCCAGAUGUUGAAACAAUGCCAAAUGAAACAAACCAUUUCCAAGAUUUUCUUGGACGCUAUAAAAAAUCAAAGAUAGAGUUGCUCACUUUGCGCUUCGUGAUGCAUUAG